AUGUACUGUACUAAGACUAUCCUUUCACUGCUCUCCCUUGCACCCCUCGCAUGGACCGCUCCACACGAAAAGUCCAAGCCCAUUGCUGAAAGAAAGGCUCUCGCUGGAUGCCCCGACGGCGCUUACCUUCUGUACAGCACUCCAGCUGGAUUAACAUGCAUCGGUAAAGCCGGCCUGGGAAUCGUUGCCAGCAUCGCCGCCCCAACCGCCGCACUCAUCAUCGCCAACGUCAAGGCCGCCUGGAGCAGCAACAUGCCGGCUCCCUACCCUGCCUCGGUGUCUGCUCCGUCUUCCGAGAGGAGGGAUGGGCUAGCCAUCCGAGACUCUACCGUAACGGCUUACAACGUCGAGUCUUACCCGGGUUUUGAUUACCAUGAUGCCAACAACCCGGACUCGGAUAACGACUGGGUGGGCAUUUUCGACUCCAUGAUCGAUUACAUGAACACGGAGCAGAUUGAGUGCUUGCAGGCUCUUGGGUAUGGCGAUGAGACGAACUAUGAGAACAGGUUCACGAUCUGGUUGCAGACGAGCGAUGGGGUUGACCACAGGUCGUGCUAA